AGCUGAAAGAGGGCAAGAGAUGCUGCAGACCUUCCCCAUCAUCUUACUGCUAGUCCCACAGCAAGCAGGAUCUCCUCCAGAUGAGCCUCUGCAUCAGGACCUAGAUUUAUUCCACCUGGAACAGGUGUCUAAGUCAUAAUCAUCAUCAUCCCAGGCUCCUGUUUAAUUAAUGCGCAGGGAGAAGCACCUCCGGGGGUGAAUCAGAGUCUGGACGGGGUGAAUCACCCUCAGGAAUGACAAAUCUGUGCCCCGGCGAGGAGGGAGGAACCCAGACCUGGCGCUGGGUUCCUGCUGCCCCGAGCAAUCCCCGUAUUCCAGAGCCAGGCCAGCUCCCUGCAAGAAGGAGGGCGACAGCAACUUGCACGGACAGCGAGCAAACUGGGGAUCCACUCCCAGCACCUCCCCGUGGGAUGGAUCUCCCCUCGUGUCUUUUUCCAUGCGAAUCAGGUAGAAAAAGACAGAAAGGCAAAGUGUCAGAGGUGGGGAUCGAGGCCUGCCCCAGCGAGGCAGGCGGCCCCAAACCAGCAGCCGCGGGUUCGCUCGGGCGCUUAUGCAAGCUGGAAGGGCCGAGCAGGACGGCGGCGCCGGGGGAAACGUCUGUUCCCAUCUUCUGCCUUUUGUUUGCACGGAUUUCCACAGACUCUAAAUUAUUUGUUUCCAUUCCCGACAGCCUUCCGAGUGAGCUACAGCCCUGUCUGCACCAGGCAGGAAACAAGCGGCCCAGUGCCUGGGGAGGGGAAUGCACGCAGCUCUCCCAGGGCCAGCCCUGAGGUCGGCGAUGAUAAGAGCGAAGCCAAGCCCCGGCCUCACGCUGCUGAGGUCGAUGUUUUGCUGGAGACCUCGGAGGAGGCUCCCCAAGCACCUCGCCCAGCCUCCAGACCCACUCCACAGCAGGCCACGCAAACGGGGAAGGGCUCGGUAAGGGCCGGACGCGGCGCUCCCUGCUCAGCAGCGAGGGGACACCAACUUUGAGUCCCAGACAAUGAACUACGUGGGGCAGCUUGCUGAGACCGUCUUUGUCACCGUGAAGGAGCUGUACCGGGGGCUGAACCCUGCCACCCUGACGGGCUGCAUCGAUGUGAUCGUGGUGAGGCAGCCCGAUAACUCCUUCCAGUGCUCCCCUUUCCACGUGCGCUUCGGGAAGCUGGGUGUGCUGCGCUCCAAGGAGAAGGUGGUUGACAUUGAAAUCAAUGGGGAGCCUGUGGACCUGCACAUGAAGCUGGGUGACAAUGGCGAGGCCUUCUUUGUCCAGGAGUCUGAGGAGAAUGAGAGGAGCAUCCGAUCCUGCCUCUGCACGUCUCCCAUCCCCACGGAGGAGAGCCUGGAGAGCACCACUCAACCCUCUCAUGGCCAGGAGGCCCCGAGCACUGAGGUGGCCCUGCGCAGGAGGAGGCAGCGCAGGAGGAAGCCCAGGCGCAAGGAGGUGACGGGCCCUGCUCCGGGAGGCUGUGAGGAGCCCAGGGGCGAGGUGUCUGUCUCCUUCACUGAUCUCCCCAAAGAAGAAACUGGGUCGCUGCAGGCGCAGGAGGCCCACCCUUACUCUGAUGGGGAGCUGGCCUCCAUGGACAGCCCAGCCCCGAGCCAUCUGUCUUCUCCCAGAAGUGACUCUGAGCUGGAGAUCGGGCCGCAGGAGAGUUUUUCCCUAGGGGCUGAAUCCCACAUGCAGUGGGCCUGGGGACGGCUCCCUCGGGUGAAUAAAUCAGAAUGGGUCGAACCAGCCAAGUCCACAAAGACUGCAGCAACCACUGUGUGUGUGACACCAGUGCCAGUGGAUGAGAGAACCCAUUUUCUUGCUAUCUCUGAAGGUCUGGGAGGAGGUCUGUGCCCAGCAGGACCUCAGGAUCCAACUUGUUCCUCUGCAGUGCUGGCUGAUGAGCCAACACUCAUGCCCAAGGAAGGCAAUGGCCCCCCUGGACUGAUGGAUAACCCCAGUGCCAUGGGGGCAGAGAGCUCAUCAGGAGCCACCUCAACCCAACAAGAGGAACAGAAGGGAGGUGAGAGGGUUGUGCUGGGAGCUCAGCCAGAUGUGGAGUCCUCUGAGGGAGCUGCUGUCCUGAGCCAGGUGGGCUUGGAGAGCUGCGAGCCCCAGCAGAGACAAGGAUCCAUCAAAAGAAGCCCUCACCUGGGUCCCAGUGACAUUUACCUUGAAGACAUCUCUAACCUGGAUGAGGAGCAGGUGGCUCUCUAUUUGCCCAGGAGUGAGGUGGAGCAAACUUCAAAGCCUGUCACAGACCCCAGCAUCCCUUCCUGUGUCCCGCUGCCAUCAGAUGUACCUGCUGAAAGCCCCACGGGCUCUGGCUCCAAUGUGAUGCCUGCAAUUGCCCUGUCACUGUGUGGAGGCCUUGGGGGCAGCCGGCAGAUUUCUCGUGAGAAGUUCAUGGAGCACAUCAUCUCCUACCAGGAGUUUGCUGAGAAUCCAGGGAUCCUCGAUGACCCCAACCUGGUGAUCCUGAUCAACAAGAAGUAUUACAACUGGGCAGUGGCUGCUCCCAUGGUCCUGUCCCUGCAGGCUUUCCAGAGGAACAUUCCUGAGCACACCAUUGACCGACUGGUGAAGGAGAAGAUGCCCAAGAGAGGCAGCAGGUGGUGGUUCUCCUGGAGGAGGCGAGAGUUCCCAGCAGAGGAGCAGCAGUCAAGGCCAGGAAAGGCUAACAUGGGGACACUGCAGCCUGAGUCUGCUCAGCAGAGGCAGGAGGAGGAGGGGUCCUCCAGUGAUGAGGAGCCCCUGCACCCAGGGGAUGCAUCAACAACAGACACCUCUGCACAGAAAUUUCUGCCAACCUACAAGAAAUCCCUGAGGCUGUCAUCAGAACAAAUCGGGAGGCUGAACCUGCAGGAUGGCCCCAACGAGGUGGCAUUCAGUGUGACAACUCAGUACCAGGGCACGUGCCGCUGUGAGGCCACUAUCUACCUGUGGAACUGGGACGACAAGGUGGUGAUCUCUGACAUCGAUGGCACCAUCACCAAGUCAGAUGCUCUUGGCCACAUCCUACCGCAUCUGGGGAAAGACUGGACUCAUCAGGGGAUAGCCAAGCUCUUCCACAAAAUCCACCUGAAUGGCUACAAGUUCCUCUACUGCUCAGCCAGGGCCAUCGGCAUGGCACACGUCACCAAAGGCUACCUCAAAUGGGUCAACGAGCAAGGCUGUGCCCUCCCCAAGGGCCCCAUCCUGCUUGCCCCCAGCAGCCUCUUCUCUGCUUUCCACAGGGAGGUGAUUGAGAAGAAGCCGGAGGUGUUCAAGAUAGCCUGCCUGACAGACAUCCAAAACCUGUUUGCCACGAAGCUGCCCUUCUACGCGGCUUUUGGGAACAGAGCCACUGAUGUGUACGCGUACAGGCACGUGGGCCUGCCUGAGAGCCGCAUAUUUAUGGUCAACCCGAAGGGAGAGCUGGUCCAGGGGCUCGUGCAGAACCACAAGUCAACGUACGAGCGGCUGUCGGAGGUGGUGGAGCUGAUCUUCCCUCCACUGGGUCAGAGGGGGAGCAUCGCUCUGGCGUGCCCUGAGUACAGCCACUUCGCCUACUGGAGGCCUCCCCUGCCUGCUGUGGACUUGGAGGCCUUCUCCUGACCCUCUCACCUGUGAGUCCCGGACCAGGACUGGAUGUUACAGACAUCUCCUUGGUUGCUGCAAAGGACUCUUGUUACUCCUAAUAGGAGUCCAAAACCUGCUACUAUCAGGUUGUGGUGUGCACUAGGAGCACCCCUUCUCAGGGUGCAGAAAGGAUGGGACAAAGGGCACUUUGACCACCAGAAACUCCAUUUACUGAACUGGACUUCCUACAGAGCCUGUCUUAAUGCUCGUUAUCUCUAAAACCUGUCUCUUAAAGGUGGAACUGGGUCACUUAUUGAUGAGCCUCUGGCACAACUACUGCUACCUGCAGCUUGGUAGCCCGUGGAGUGAAGCUGUUGCGUGGCUUAACUUGUAAAGGUGGAUGGAAGCUGGCAUGUUUGAGUGCUUUUUCACUAAUAGCAAUAACUAAUAAAUUAUUUCCAUAAACUCCAGGCU